AUGUUUUUCGACAAAGACAGAAUCGUUAAAUUGAUGCAAUCAAACUAAAUGGCUUCUCCUUUAUCCUUUAAAAUGGAUUCUCCUAGGAUAUAUUCAAAAACCCCUAAUUCUUAAUCAACAUUUAAUUGUGAUCUUACAUCAAGAGGAAAACUUAAAUUGAAUUUUUUAGCAGAAUUAUCAGACAAUCGUUCUUUGACUAAUCGUUAUAUGCUUAAUGCCAAAAAUAAAACAAAAUAGCAAAAAAUUUAAUUUAGUAAGGAGAACAAGUUUGUUGAGUCAUCACUUAAAAAAAGCUUAUUAUAUCCAUCUACAGAUUCAUUACUAUAAAAUGUUAAUAUAUAAUCUCCAACAUCUACUUUUAGUGAGGAGUUCAUGAAAAUCAAUUCAAAAUUCAAUUCAGUUAAAAAUAUAGAAAGUGAAAAAUACCUUCAGAGAAAAUAGAGUAAUUCAGUUAUAUAAUUGGGAAAUAAGAAUACAUCUUAAAUUUAAGGAAACUAAAAAAAUAAGUAUGAACUCAUAUUGAAUGAUAUUAUAGUUCUGUAAUGAGAUCAACAGAAAAAAUAAAAUAAUAAUUUGACGAAAUUACACUUUUAGAUUUGAAAAGUUAGAAUAUUUAUUAGUAAGUAUGAAAUUUCUUUUAACAUUUCUAAGUAAGAAAAUACCACUAUGAAAUCUUAAUUGUAAUCAUUAUAAGAUACUAUAAAACAUUAAAAUAAGGUUAUUGAAAAAUUAAAAUAUAAUGUUUAAUAACUUGAAUAGUAAUAUAUAUUUUAAAACUAAAGAUAGAUUUAACAUAUAAUUAAAGGAGAAGAAUGAAAAAUAAGCAUUCAAUAUAGAAAAACUUAAUUCAUAGUUAGAUUUUGAAGGUUCAAUUUAAGAGGAUCUCAGAAAAUAAAUGACACUAAAAUAACAAGAACUUAAUAAAUAUAAUUUAGUAAUAUAAAUAAAAUUCAUAUUUUGUAGAUUGAACAAGAAAUUAAAAAAAUUGAGGAUUAUCAUUUAGAAACCUUAAAUAAAAUAAACAAAGAUCUCAAAGAAUAACAAGUUUAACUCAAGAUUCUUAAUCAUCAUAUUAUUUGUUUAUCAUAGAUAUCAAUUCUAUUAUCAGAAAAGGAGGAAAUACCUAUUGAUAUUUUAUUCAAAUAUAAAUAGACUCCACAGAUUUCAUAGAAACUAUAGGAUUAAGAAAUAAUUGAAGAUAUCUUGAAGUCAAAUUCAAAACUGAUAAAAGAAUUAUAUGAUUUAAUAGGAAAAUCAUUUGAAAAAAUAUCAUAUAACUUUGUUUAAGAAUUUUCAUAAAUCUUAUAUAAGUAAUGA